UACUGAGAUAAAUAUUCAAAUUUUAUAUACGCAUUAGAUUAGAUAAUAGUUAAAUUUUUGGCUAUGUAAAAUUUGAAUGAGAUUAAAUAUGCGGUUCUAAGGAUUUUUUUUUUGUUUUUCAAACAAAUUUAAGAAGAAACGUCAGCCGCGUGAAGAUAGUCAAGUUACAAAUAUUCUGGCGAAAUUGUAUCCAUACUACCGAAUAAAGAUGGGUUUACAAAAGGAAGCUGAAAUGAAUGAAGAUGACAAAGGAUUGCAAGAGGAGUUGUUGAACUUGGUUAGCUUACUGACGGGCAAGGACGAGAAAGUAAUUUUGCCAUCUUUGGUACAAUUGAGAAUAUUUAUCCAAACCUCAACGACCUCAAUGACUUCCGUACCAAAGCCCUUGAAGUAUUUGCGAAAUUCCUAUGGAGUUUUGAAAACUGCCCAAGCUAGAUUGAAAUGCAAAGAGUCAAAGGCUCAAUUCGCUGACAUCCUAAGCGUCUUGGCGAUGGCUGGUGACACCUCAGGACUACGUGAAUGUCUUAAGUACUGUCUCCAAGGCACUAUGCAUAAGCCUGGUGAUUGGGGUCACGAAUACGUUAGACAAUUAGAAGCUGAAAUAACUGAGGAAUGGACCGAUACACCGAAUGAAGAAGAGGAUGAAAUGAAAGAAAAACUUUUACCACUGGUGAAAAGCAUAAUUGAAUUUGAUAUGCAACACAAUGCUGAAAUUCAAGCAUGUGAUUUAUGCAUGGAAAUUGAUCAGCUUGAUCUUUUGGAUGAUCAUUUGAAUGAUACAAAUUUUGGAAGAGUUUGUCUCUACUUAGGAAAUUGUGCAGGAUACAGCGAGGAGAUGGAACGACUUCACAUAUUAAAAAUUGUUACCAAUUAUUAUUUGAGAUUCAAUCAAUACACUCGGGCAAUGCUGGUAGCAUUGCAAAUUCCAGAUUCUGAAUCCGUGUACAAGUGUCUGAUCACUUGUCCUAAUUGUGCAACGAGGAAGCAGCUGGCAUUAUUAUUGGCCAGACAACAGGAUCGUCCUUUGCGAAAGGAAUAUCAUGGGGACGAUGCAAAAGAUAUUGAGACGAUACUGAGUAACAGCCAGGUGAACGGGCAUUUUCAAAUGUUGGCACGUGAAUUGGAUAUCCUUGAGCCAAAACAUCCGGAAGACAUUUAUAAAUCCUGGCUGGAAACUGGUGGGCCUAGAAUAUCCGAGAUUCAUGAUUCUGCAAGAGCCAACUUAGCUUCCAGCUACGUUUCCGGUUUUGUUCAUGCAGGCUUUGGUCUUGAUAAAUUAAUGGCAAAUACUGAGGAUUGUUGGGUUUACAAGAACAAGGAUCAUGGAAUGCUAGCUGCUACUGCGUCCUUGGGUUUAAUUCAUCUCUGGGAUGUGGACGGUGGAUUGGUUCCAAUAGACAAAUAUCUGUAUACGAGCGACGAUAUAGUGAAAUCUGGAGCGUUAUUGGCUAUGGGUUUGGUCAAUUGUGGAGUUAGAAAUGAAUGUGAUCCAGCCCUGGCUCUUCUUAGCGAAUAUGUUUUAUCUGACAGUCAAACUCUUAGAAUCGGUGCCAUUAUGGGAUUGGGAUUAGCUUAUGCCGGCUCAAGAAGAUCAGAUGUAUCUGAUCUUCUCACUGGAGCAUUAACAGAUCAGCGAAGUUCAAUGGAAAUUGUAUCUCUGGCCGCGAUUGCUCUAGGUUUAGUAAACGUAGGUUCAGCCAACUCGGAUGUGUCGCACGCAAUUUUACAAAAGCAGUUAGAAUUCACUCCGCAAGAGUGGUCUGUCACUUAUAGCAGAUUUAUACCACUGGCGUUGGGUCUGGUUUAUAUGGGUUGUCGUGACAUGAUAGCUACACCGUCGACUGCAUUGGAAGUCCUGCCAGAACCACAUAGAUUUGCUUCGCAAACUAUGCUGCAGAUAUGUGCAUAUGCUGGCACAGGUGAUGUACUGAUAAUCCAAGAAUUGUUAAGCAUUUGCUCAGAACCCGUAGAGGGUGAGAAUAGCUCAAGUAUUUUGGAAAAUACCCCAGUACCAAGUUCCUGUGAUCCAAAAAUACCAGAAUCCUUAUCAACGUCGACGCUCCAAGGAACGUCAACAGAUGCCAAUAAAGAAGCAAAGACCAAGUCGGCCUGUUCCUUGAAGAAUGAAGGAAUUUACAAGGACAUGGGUUUACCUCAAGCCAUAGCUUCACUUGGUGUCGGCGUUGUGGGUCUUGGAGAAGGAAAGGAGAAUGCACGAAUUUUUGGUCAAGUUGGCAGAUAUGGCUCAGCUGCAGCACGACGUGCUGUGCCUCUAGCGAUGGCUUUAAAUUCAUUGUCAGAUCCAGAACCAGCGUUGCUUGAUGUCCUCAAGAAGUAUAGUCAUGACAACGAUCCUGAGGUAGCUUACAAUGCAAUUUUUGCUCUUGGACUCGUGGGAGCUGGGACAAACAAUGCACGAUUGGCAACUAUGCUUAGACAAUUAGCAGCUUACCAUGCCAAGAAUCCAUCUCACCUGUUCCUGGUGCGGAUUUCACAGGGCUUGGUGCAUCUGGGAAAGGGUACACUGUCUCUUUCUCCAUUGCACUAUGCUUCAAAAGUUCUGGAUCAAACGGCUCUCGCAGGAUUAUUAGUGAUCAUGGUAGCUUGUCUUGAUUCGACAAAUUUGAUACUGGGAAAGUCACACUAUUUAAUGUAUUGCCUGACUGUAGCUAUGGAGCCCAGAUGGCUCGUGACGUUGGAUGAGAAUAUGAAGACUCUUCCUGUAUCUGUCCGGGUUGGUCAGGCAGUAGAUAUAAUUGGUAAAGCAGGUAGCCCAAAAUCUAUAGCAGGUGGACGUGUUCACACUACACCAGUUCUACUAGCUCACGGCGAAAGAGCUGAAUUGGUUUCAGAUCAAUAUCAGCCUUUGUCCAGUGUAUUAGAAGGAUUUGUUAUUCUGAAAGAAAAUUAAAUUUUACUAAGAGGUAAUCUAAGAAAUGACUGUGAAUUAAUU